AAAACAUCGUCUCCAAAAAAACCCUGUCGACGCUAAAAAAAACCCCAAAACACAGACCAGCAAAAUCCCUUUCGGCUACGUCAAACAAUCAACUGAACUGAACGAAAGGGCUUCCAUUUACUUCAACAGAUUCAACUACUGUACACGAUUAGGAGAUAGAAAUGAAGGAAAGAGAAGAAGAAAAUUUUGUGACACCAGGUGAAGUAUUGGGAAAAUCCUCGGAGUUGAAACCUGGGAAAGGUGCUUAUGUUUCGGCACACGAUAACAACGUGUACUCUUCGCUCACGGGAUUCCGAUCCAUUUCUUGUCCUGCCACGGACUCAGACGACCCGAGACCCACGGUGGAGGUGAGUGGUCACAAGGCACAAGGUCCAGUAACAAAAGUGAUGGCUAAAAUGGCUUCAGCUGAUAUAAUAUGUGUAGGUCCAAAGUCAGUACGAGAAAAAUUUACGGGCAUUAUCAGGCAGCAAGAUGUUAGAGCAACGGAAAUUGACAAACUAUCCCUUGGUGAUGCACGAGCUUACUAUUUAUCAACUGCCAAAAAUGAACUCGGUGUUGUUUCUGCAGAAAGUGUGGCAGGAACAACAAUGAUUCCUAUAAGUUGGACAGAGAUGCAGUGUCCUUCAACGGGUCAAAUCGAGCUUAGGAAAGUUGCCAAGAUUGGACCCUCAUGAUCACAUGUCGUUCUAAAAUAGUUUUCGCCAAAAAAGAAAGCCACUUCUAGUAAUUAGGCCGAGAAAUAGUAGACUGUACGGUGAUGACAUCUUGUCCAAACAUUGCUUCAUGAAAUGUUAUUAACACAUUGUGCUUGUUUUUUGUUGUGUCUGAUUUGGUACUUUUUUAUGUUGGGAUAUAGUAGAAGUUCUUUUGAUUCGAGUAUUGGAUUGUUGAUUUAUUGGGAGACUAGUCCAAUCUUAUUGGUGCAGAGUUUCAAAAUUUUAUUUUCCCUCUCCAAGAGAUAGAGCGAGAGGGAGGUGGCCAAUUGGCAUAAUAAUUUGAAAUUUAGACAAAAUAGAUUGUGAAUGUGGUGGUGCGUGUGGGUUGUUUGUAAUGACUGGUGAGAAGAAAUAUAAU